CGAGAUCGGACAUUCUUCUAAAUAUCUUCCUGUGUGUUCAGCAAAACAAAGAAAUUUAUACAGGUUUGGAACAAUCUGAGGGUGACUAAAUGAUGUCAGGGCAUUGUGAAGCGAUACAAGGAUGCUGGGGAGCCAGAUCCAGCUGCGAUUUAUGUUGACAGGGACUGCUGCAGCGAGACAGGUGUGACUCCAGUUCUUACCUGGUUUCGACCAUGGAAGGUCAUAGUGCGUCUCGAUGUUUUCCACUUCAUGCGACGGUUCACUGCUGGUCUUACAACAGAGCACCAUCCACUGUAUGGCACUUUCUGCUCCAAGUUGUCCAGUUGUAUCUUUGAAUGGGACAAGGAUGACAUAUCUCGUCUUAAAGAAGCGAAAAAGACCAUGCUUUUAAAAAAACAUCAGGGGCAUAUUCCAACAGAGGCCCAAAUCCUGUCAAGCAUCACUUCCAGUGAGCUGGCCAAGCACUGCAGGAGGAGGACACGUGGAGUUGAAGAAACUUGUGACUUGAUACAAGGAUUGCUGGACUCCAUGUGGGAGCUGACGGACACGACUGGUUUGCGCAUCAUCAAUCCAGAGAGCAUGACACACGUUUGGGAGGUACAACAGAAACAUUUACCCUGCAUCCAAGACCCGCCUGGUGUUCAGCUUUACACAAAGCUGGGCUCUGGGUUACAGAAGGGUGACAAGGUUCUGGAUGUACUGCGGUGUGGCAGAGGGUCCUCUUCUCUGGAAAGCUUUCAUCGCCAUCAGUGCACUUUCAUUCCAGGGUGGAGAUGUAACGCUCUACAUACUCAGAUGUACAUGCUUGAGGGUGCAUCGAGAUGGAACAUCAACCGGGCUCAUCAAGCUGUGGACAUGAGUGGUACAUCACAAACUAAAAUCUAUGAUGUACGUUUAAUGUAUGAAAAUCAUUCACACAUUAAUGUCCUCAGCAACCGAGUCCUCGGAUCUGCACUCCUGCAAGAAUUCAUAGCCCCUGGGAAACCCACUGAUGAGCGUAUAGCAGUCGAGUACUUACUGGCACAAUCUGGCAGAGGAGACCUACUUUAUCCACUGGAGCCAGGUGAAAUAACUCUGCUAGAGAUGCAGGUUGAAGUUCAGGAGGAUGAGUGUCUGGAUAUCACAGUAUGUGAUGCAGCGGACAUCAGUUUAAACACAGACACUAUUGGCAGUUCCAGCAGUCAUGAUUUAUUGACCUCAUCUCUGGAAACCAGUGUUCCAAGUGGUGGCUCUCACAGUCCUGACAUUGAAGACAUGUCCUGCGCUGGGCCCAGCACAUCAGCUCCGAACCGUAGAUGUGAUUCAAGAGGUGUUCCUGGAUGCGAGGCGGUGGAUAACCUGGCAGGCUACCUCAUCAGCCUCAACCGCACUAUCACUGCUUUGUCAACCAACGAGAUAGCAGAGAUCUUGCGGCUGUAUUCGUGUCUGCAUUCCAUUGAUCAGUCCCCUUCAAAGUAUUCCCUUAAGUGCAAGAAAAAGAUCUUGCCAGGUCAUUGGAGAGCUUCUCGAAAGCGUAGUGGCUCAGCCCCUGGUCAGCAAGCAGCUGAGAGACUGUUCAUGACCCAUGGCCAGGUAGCCCAGAGACCUGAUGUCAACAGGAUUUCAGAAUGCAUCGCACUCAAGCUUUUGAAGGAAUUCAGGGAAGCCAGAAACAGGCCUAAAAACAAUAAGGGCAAAACCUUUCCAAUUGCUCAGGCAAUUGUGAUGAUGUAUAGUCACAUCAAGCAGCAGCUUGAAGACUGCCGAGAGCUGCUCGACAAGACCAACCUGGUGCUAGUUACAAUCAACAACACUACAGUGUCAUCUUGGGUAUCCAUCAUCAGCUCCACCACCACCUCAUGGUUGGUCUUCCUGUCCACCAGGGUAUCCAUCAUCAGUUCCACCACCACCUCAUGGUUGGUCUUCCCGUCCACCAGGGUAUCCAUCAUCAGCUCCACCACCACCUCAUGGUUGGUCUUCCCUUCCACCAGGCCAACAGCCAUCAGCUCCUCCACCUCCUGA